UUUAGUGGUUUUCACGAAACUUACUUUGGACUUUGAGUUUCGAGGUUUUUAUCUUUCCUACUCUUUAGUAGGGGUAUAAUACCAGAAGGUCCUUAUUUUCUCAUCUGCGCAUUUUGAAUUGACUUCUCUGGCUGUCCCAAGUUUCCCGGACCCGUUUUGGAACUGCAGUAUUAGUAAGUCACUGCUACGGUUGCCUGCUGAUUGCGGUUACUUUAGUUCCUUUAAUCUUUGAAGAUGGCCUUACGUGUGUUUUCGUCAUUGGCUCGAGCCGGAGUGCCUCGGAUUUUCAAUUCCUCCACCGGCCUGAGUGCCAGUGCGGCACCGAUUGCAUCUGCUGUACGACAGCGCGGAAUUCCAGUCCGACAUUUAGCUGUCUCUUCCGUUAACCGUUUGCCGGACUCGGUUGCAUCGUUAGGGGCUCGCGUUCAGCAUCGGGCACCAAAUUUCAAGGGGACUGCAGUUGUGAAUGGCGCCUUUAAACCGGUCCAGCUGUCCGAUUACGACGGAAAAUGGUUAAUUAUGCUUUUCUAUCCUUUGGACUUUACCUUUGUUUGUCCGACGGAGAUUGUCGCCUUCUCGGAUCGUGCUGACGAAUUCGCCAAUCUGAACACGCAAGUAGUGGCCAUCUCCACCGACUCGCACUUUAGUCAUCUGGCCUGGACGAAUGUUCCGCGUGCUGAAGGCGGUCUGGGCCCGAUGAAAAUCGCGCUUUUGUCCGAUUUCUCAAAGCAGAUUUCGCGGGAUUAUGGUGUGUUGAUUGAGAACGAAGGGAUUGCACUGCGCGGCAUGUUUAUAAUUGAUCCAAAGGGUGUGCUGCGGCAAGUUACCAUCAAUGAUUUGCCGGUGGGAAGGUCUGUGGAUGAAGCGGUUAGGUUGGUGCAGGCUUUUCAGUUUGUGGAGAAACACGGCGAAGUGUGUCCAGCUGGAUGGCUGCCCAAGUCCGAAACUAUCAAGCCGGAUCCGGUCAAGGCCAAGGAAUAUUUUAAAAAGGUCGCUUCAAAAUAAAUAUUUACUGGAAGUACUUACUGCAUUUCACGCUGUGUUACCGGAAGUCGUUCGUGCCAUACAGUUUUUGAAUUACGAGAAUGUAUGUGGUUUUGUGGACUACGUAUGCUUUUGUUUGUGCGGACCGGAUGCAUCUGACGAGUGAGUAAUGUAUAUUGGAUACAGAGCGGAGCUGGAGUGACACAUUUCCAGUUUUUUUAUCAGAAAAGAUUAUACAAAAUAUACGGAAGAAGAUGUGAGCGAUACCUGUUACAAUGCAUUUACUUUGAAAUGAUGUUCAUUACUUAUUACUCUAAUUAUCUAAUAGUACUUAAUACUUAACCCAGUACUACUGGAAUAGUGUCCUAAAUAAC